UCCGCGAAAACUGUGUGAGGCUGGCGUCGGCGGGAGAGGCGUCCGGGGCGGAGUGGUCCGAGAGGGAGCCCCGUUCCCUGAACAGCCCGAAGAGGCCGCCUAGAGGGCGGACAAACAGACGGCCGGGAGGGCCAGCAUGCCCCCACUGUUGCACCCCGCCCUGCCGCUGCUCCUGGGCGCCACGCUGACCUUCCGGGCGCUCCGGCGCGCGCUCAGUCGCCUGCCCCUGCCCGCGCACGUGCGCGCCGACCCCCUGCGCACCUGGCGCUGGCACAACUUGCUCGUCUCCUUCGCCCAUUCCAUUGUGUCAGGGAUCUGGGCGCUGCUGUGCCUGUGGCAGACCCCCGAGAUGCUGGUGGAGAUUGAGACGGCGUGGUCGCUUUCUGGCUACUUGCUCGUUUGCUUUUCCGCUGGGUAUUUCAUCCACGACACGGUAGACAUCGUGGUUAGCCAUCAGGCUCGUGCUUCUUGGGAGUACCUGGUCCAUCACGUCAUGGCCAUGGGUGCAUUCUUUUCAGGCAUAUUUUAUAGCCGCUUUGUUGGUGGGGGAGUCCUCACAUUACUGGUGGAGGUGAGCAACAUCUUCCUCACCAUUCGCAUGAUGAUGAAGAUCAACAAUGCCCAGGAUCUCCUCCUCUACCACAUCAACAAGUAUGUCAACUUGGUCAUGUACUUUCUUUUCCGCCUGGCCCCUCAGGCCUACCUCACCCAUUUCUUCCUGCGUUAUGCUGGCCAGAGGACCCUGGGCACCUUCCUGCUGAGUGUUCUGUUAAUGCUGGAUGUCAUGAUCCUCAUCUACUUUUCCCGUCUCCUCCGCUCGGACUUCUGCCCCGGGCGCUCUGGCCGCCGGCAACACAAAGACAAAUUCUUAACGGAGUGAGAGGCACAGAGCCUGGAAUAGGACUCGGCAAGGACAGCAAACAAUGGAAGGAGACUUGGCCCAAGCCUGGGGCAUCCUCUCCAUCUUUAAGUCUGCACCCACAAUUGAAAACACUAAUGAAAGCAUUCCUCUGAAGUCCUUGUCCUUUCUUGGGCAAGAGGUACGGGAAGCAGACGGACCGGUUGGACAUGGUAGAUGGGUGUGGGGAGAAGAGGUGCUUCUGGAAAGCCAGCCUACCCACACUGCCCUGUAAUGGAUGCUAAUGAAAACUGGUAUUGGUAUGUUGAAGGCAUGUUCUGCUUCUCAUAGGACAACUAAAACUCUAGCCUGGGCCACAAUUAUCUCUACUACCCAAGCUCCACCCCUGAGGAUUAUAACAAGUAUGGUGAGGUGAUAGGGAUGUGUAUUCCAACCGGGUAAGUAGACCAAAAGUUCUGCCCAAGCCCUGUUAUUUAAGUGUGUAAAGCCUCACAGUAUCAACUCCCACCAGCCCAAGCAGAAAUUGACAUAAAGACAAGAAGCAUAUAUAUGGUGAAAAAUUGUAUUUAGAAUUAGCCAGCUGGAGUCCGUUUAGAUGAUCCCAAUCUGAAAAACAAAAGGGGGCUUGGUUACUGGGAGCUGAAAUGGGACUAUUAAGCUGAAAUAAUGGUUAAAAAGCAAAAACUAGGUACAUGGUAGGUUGAGCCUAAUGACUAGGGUGCAAUCAGUGAGUUAAGACUAAUCAGCAAGUCAGGCUUUGGUCACUAACACGCACAUCAUUUACACCCAGGGGCUAAGGGUUAAGAAAUUCCUAGCAGAGGAAGCUUACUUUGUUGGCAACAUCCAAAGCAUCAUAGUCAGGAGCCAGUCGAACAUAGGCCUUCUUUUCUCCAUCAGGUCUAGGGAGAAGAAGGAAGCCUUAGUCACUGCUGUCCUCAUUGCCCCCAUGUCCUUUCUCCCAUCUUACUGCACAUCAGUGGUUCCUUUGUUCAUGUCAUUCUUUUCCAAAUAGUGAUUUUUCGAUCAUUUGUGCACAGAAGGGAGUAUGGAAGCCAUUUACCCACAAAGUCAAUUCUCUUAUAGGAAAUACCACAGAGACGUAAAUCCGGAUAGUCUGAGAUAAUUUUUAUUUUAUUUCAGGGCCUGCCUCAAUCUAAAGGCAGCAAUCAAGAGCAUAAGCACCACCCCAUGUAAAUCAAGUCCCAUAGGCAGGACAACCCAUGUUCCCUCAAAAUUCCAUACUUAAUACAAAAAACUGUAGUUCCAGCAGGGGCUGCUCAUCUCUCAAGCCUUGUACACUGCAACACCCACUUCUGUUACCAAAAGUGGCACUAAGGAAUUUUACGCCAGUCAGGUUUCCUACCUCCCAAGGCCCCACUCACCUGAUCAGGGUAUUGACCUUUGCCACAUCAAUGUCAUAGAGCUUCUUCACAGCCUGUUUGAUCUGGUGCUUGUUGGCCUUGACAUCCACAAUGAACACAAGUGUGUUGUUGUCUUCUAUUUUCUUCAUGGCUGACUCAGUGGUAAGAGGGAACUUGAUGAUGGCAUAGUGGUCAAGCCUAGGGAGAGGCAAAUUGGGGUCUCCUGGUCUUGACCCAGCAGAACAAAGGACAGGCCCUCUUUUGGAGCUUAAGGUCCAGGUGCAUCAGACAAUUAGGUAGCAAAUCAUUUUAGUGUCAGACUUUGGUCGCUUAACAGUGUCAUCAUCUGCACCCUGAAACUAAGGACCUGGAGUCUCUCAGUCUGGGGGCUGAACCCUUACACUUGGGCACAUUCACACAAACAGCAUUUAUCCUUUAAAUGAUUCAAUCAUCCUUGAGUUCCAGCCCCCUCUAUUUUUAUUUUACCUCAACCUUUUGGAAGAGCCUAUUUCUGGAAGAAGCUUGACUUCACCCCAAGAGCACAAAGCUAGACAAUGAAAACCUGAAACCUAGGCUAAGGUUACAAAGAUUGUCAUUUUACUAUGGGGUUGGGUGAACUAUUUCUGUCCCCUUGGGUUGCUCAAACUGGCUUGAUGCCCUGUUUAACUCAUGUUAUCUACAGCUCAGGCUAACUUACCAAUGGCUUUAACAUACCUACAAUAUAGCUUUCUUCCUAAUAUUCAAAGCAUGGUUCUGUUCAAAAUUUUUCUGAUUUUGAAGCUAGAGGCCAGUUCUCAAUCACACUAUAUUCUUGGAGCAAAUGGGGGCACAAAGUCUGUCAAGUGCUUUCCUUCAUAGACAAAACACAAUCCUGGCCUUUUUCUUGGUUAGCGGUAGGAUUAGCAGAAACCCAUUGCUGACUUACACCAGCUUUAAUCAGUGGUCCCUAAAGUCAGUAUUACCAGUAGUGUGAUACCUAAAUACUCAAGAAUCCAACAUUUUAUCAAUUUCCCUCUAAUUAUUCCUUGAGUAUAAAAAUUUGAGAAUGAAAUUUCCACACACUGGUGCAACAAAUCUCCUGAUCAAUCUAGAUUCAUGCCUUAUCUUCAACUUCCCUAUAGCAACGGUGCAAUGAGGAAUCAACUAAGUUUGACAAUGCAAGACAAAGAAUAUCUAAGCCCAUGUUAUACCCCCAAAGAAAGUUAACUACAAAACUGACCACACAUAAAGCAAAAAUUAACCCAUUAACCUUGACAGUGACUGGUAUGGCCUAAAUAAUUCCUGCCAAUACUCUUAACAGAAAAUUAACCUCACACUACAAUUAGCGAACCUUUUCAAGGGUAUGGGGCAGUACUAACUUGUUUCUCCUGGGAGCGCUCUUCCGCGGAUAUUUGGGUUGCCUUCGGAGUCGCAAUGUCUUGGGCCUCCGAAAAGUGGGUGAAGUGCGGAUCUUCUUUUUCUUAUGGCUGUGGACGCCUUUCAGCACUGCUUUCUUGGCCUUCAAAGCUUUUGCCUUGGCCUCGGCUUUGGGAGGGGCAGGGGCUUAGAGAAAUAAAGAAAUUUAGAGUACAGAAUACAGAAAUGUAUCAUUUCCUGCCUGAAGACCAGCAGUGGGCGCACUGUGCCACACGUGCAUCAGCGGUUCCUUUGGAGACAUCACAAGUCUCAGGCUAUUAAAAUUUUUCCAUCAUAUGCACGCUAAGGUAGAGAUAUAGACACUGCUGCCUUACAUUUUAAAGUUAAAGAAGAUAAAGUUCUAGGCACAGAGCCUUUAGAGGUCUGAAGACAUGUCUGUAACCUUUCGCUCUGUGCUUAAAUGUUAAAUUCCCAGUGCCAAUUACCUGACUAUGCCCGCGCCUGCCGGUCCGGGCUCCCCAACCCCCUUCCCUGCAACCCAGCCCAUGCGGUUAGGCCCACG